UAAGCGCGACCGCGACGCCGUUUUCUCUUUAAGGCAUUAAAGCGGAAGAAUUAUCCCUUUCAUCGGCUAAAUAACACGAGUAAACGGACUGAGGACACAUUUAUGACUGUCAUCUUUAACACAAGCGGAUUGCUUUCCUCACAUCCUAGUUUUUGUGACACUGGGACCCGUAAACAGCCUUUUGCCCCCCUGACAGCUGCUUUUCGGAUUGCCCCCGUUUGCACUUGAAGUUCAGUGAGCCGGCUGAGAUGAGCGGUCCAGAGGUUGCCAACACACCGGGAGGCGGAGCUCCAGCAAAGGAGGGAAAAGAGCCGGUUGCUAAUGGGCACGCGGGUGAGAGCGCCGAUGCCAACCCGUUUGCCGAGUACAUGUGGAUGGAGAACGAGGAGGAGUAUAACAGACAGGUGGAGGAGGAGCUGCUGGAGCAGGACUUCCUGGAGCGCUGCUUCCAGGAGAUGCUGGAGGAGGAAGACCAGGACUGGUUCAUCCCGUCGCGUGACCUCAACAGCCAGGGAGUCGGGCAGCUGCAGCAGCAACUCAACGGGCUGUCGGUUAGCGACCACCACAGCAACAUGGAGGAGGUGGCGAGGAAGAGCAUCUUGAAUCCUGAAGCCAAGGAGUUUGUCCCCGGGAAGAAAUACUAGGAGUCCCCCUCACCCCCAUGGAGCCUCCAUGCACACAUGAGCCCUCACACAUUCUCAGAGACUCUUACGGCCAUGGCCGCUCACACACCACACACACACACCCGUUCACACACACAUGCACACACACGAAGUCAGUGGCGUGCCGGCAGGCCCAGUUGGGGGGUGGGGGGAUUUCCUUUUUUUGUUUUUCCUUCUUUAAACUUUUAAUUUCUUGUUUGUUUCUUGUAAACUGAGGGGGCGUGGCUAACGAGGUCAGGGAGGGGGCGUGGCACCAGCAACGCCCUACUGCAGGCGCUAGCUCAUCAUUGCAUUUCAGGUGACAUCAUCGUUUACAAAGCACCCAGAUCUCAGCGGGGUUCCCUUGGAACUGCGGCAGCUACUCAGGAGUGAUGCCAGGUCAGAACUUUAGUCCAAACCCAGUUUCAGUUUCAGUUUAUUCUUCUAAACACAAAACUUUCCGUUCUUCUAAAUCAGGAAGUAAAACGCUUCCCAGCAGGUCGAGGGUUUCCGGCGAGGCUAGAGAGGGACAAACACUCAAGGGACUUCGAUGAGUUUCUGCUGCUGCUCUGUAAAUAAACCCUCACGUUUCAUUGGUAGUGAUGUCACACGCGCCCUGUGAUGUCACAGCUGUUUGUGGCGGCAGUGGCUCCGUUCCAGACCCAACGCGCCCCCCGUCCCGGUUUCAUCGGAAUGUCUCUAACCAACAUGGACGUGUACAGCUAUAGAAGAGAUUAUUAUGAAAUGAUUUAUUUUGUCCAGGUCAGUGUUUCAGUCACGCAGCUACUAGAGUCUAGGGUCACGCCUCCGUUUGUCCUGCUUCGGUUGGGAUUCGUGGGGGGGGGGUUGCUCUGGAACACAGCCACUGCCACCUGGGUUUGUCCCAUCAGAUCAGUUGUCCAGGUCAGCUUCUGCGAUCAUUUAAUUUCAGCCCUUUUUGUCUUUAGGGUGGGGUGCCGGUUUAUUCUGGGGAUGGUGGCCUGUGGCGUCCAUCCAGUCCUGUUACUACGGAGCAUGUGGUGGACAGUAUUUGCAUCUUUACCUUCUUUUUUUUUUGUUCCACCUGAGGUUUCUUUUCGAGGAAGUUCUACUUUUAAACCAUAAAUCUCUGUGGUCUGUUUUCUGAGGCGUCCCUCCUCCUUGCAGGAUAUUUGUAAAAACCGAGCGAGCCAAUCAGAAAGCUCUUCAGGAAACCUUAAAUCUUAAGCUACAGUCGGUAGUGAACACAGCGUUCGUUGGUGUUAGCCGUGGUGCUGUGUAGUUUAACGUUUCCCAGUGUUGCGCGCACGCUGCUCGGUGAGUUCCUAACCCAGCAGGAAGCACGUGCGUCCGCCCUCGCCGCUCGUCCGGAGCCGGUCGGCGCAGAGCAGCAGGGACACCCGCGUCUUGGUUUAAAGGGGAACUUCCUUCACGUCGAGUUGGACCACAGCUGUCGAAUGGCACCCUGGAGAAGCCAAAAGGGAACGUCCGUCAGGUGGAUCGUACAACAUGAAAUCAUUUUUGGUGAUUUUUGUUUGAGUUAGAUGAAAGAAGCUGUUUUAAAAAGGAAGAAAAAAACAUUCAAAACACAAGUAUGAAUUUCAAUAAGAGUAAAAAUGAUGAAAAAAGUUGAAUAAAGAUGCUGAAGACA